AUGGAUUACGACCUCACUGAAGAGGGAAUGGAAGCCUUCCACUCGAUACACGAACGGUUGUCAUCAUACAUGGUGGAAAAAGAGGCUUACGAUCGCAUUGCGACCUUGGAGGUCGUCAAUGAAGAAUUUGCUGAUCCGGAGGUUGAGGAGGAAGUCCAUAUUCAGCUCGCUCCGGUGGCGCUGGACGAUACACCUCCCAAGGUUAAAGAUCCUACUGAGAAGGUCAACUUGGGUAUUGUAAGUGAGCCCAUGGAGGUCUCUAUCAGUGCUUACCUAGAGCCUAGCGAGAAACAGAGGCUUAUCGACCUAUUGCUAGAGUUCAAGGACUGCUUCGCGGAGAAGUAUGAGGACAUGCCCGGCCUGUCACCAGAUUUGGUCUGUCAUCAGUUACCAACUCUUGCCGACAAGAGGCCCGUCAAGCAGGAACCUCGACGAAUGAACGCGGAGACCCAGAUUCUGGUAAAGGAAGAGAAAAAUGGCAAGAUAAGAGUCUGCGUUGAUUAUAGAGACUUGAAUCUUGCUACGCCCAAAGACGUUUACCCCAUGCCAGUCGCGGAUAUGCUAGUGGAUGCAGUGGCAGGCCAUGAAUUGCUAUCCUUCAUGGACGGUACUGCAGGUUAUCACCAGAUUCUGGUCGCUGAAGAAGACAGACACAAGACUGCUUUCCGCUGCCCUGGUUUUGCGGGGGUUUUCGAAUACGUGGUCAUGCCGUUUGGCCUGAAGAACGCCGGGAAAAUUCAGCCCUUCUCACCUUUGCUGAGACUACAAGGGCAGAAUGAGUUUGUGUGGGAAUCCAAGCAUCAAGAGGCUUUUGACAGUAUCAAGGCCUAUCUGGCAAACCCACCAGUCUUGGUUCCACCUAGAACCGGGGUCCCAUUGAAACUGUACAUCUCAGCAGCUGACGCCUCCAUUGGUAGCCUGCUCGCUCAGGAUGAUGGGGAUGGUAUCGAGCACGCUAUAUUUUAUCUCAGCCGUGUACUAACAGAUUGUGAGACAAGGUACACCCCUAUGGAAAAGCUGUGCUUAACUCUAUAUUUUUCGGCGUGCAAGUUGCGACAUUAUAUGUUAUCUUUUACUACUUGCAUCAUCGCUCAGACCGAUUUGGUCAAGUACAUGUUGUCCCGGCCUAUCUUGAGAGGCCGCAUUGGCAAAUGGGUAUUGGCUCUUUCAGAGUUCUCGCUCCAGUAUGUACCCCAGAAGGCGGUCAAAGGGCAGGCUAUCGCAGAUUUUCUAGCGCAUCAUCCUCCGCUAGAGCUACCCGUACUGAAAGAGUUGGAAAUUGCUUGCAACACCGCGACUCUUCUAGAUAAAGCCUGCAUCCCGGAAUACGCGGUCUGGUAUCAGGCUACAAUCUCUUUACAGCCUUGGGUGUUAUUCUUUGAUGGCUCAAGAACGGACGCUAUGGCUGGCGCGGGGAUUGUUUUGGAGAACCCGGCAGGUGAUCGGUUCUCUUAUUCUUUCCAGCUCACGUUCCAAUGUACUAAUAAUCAGGCUGAGUAUGAAGCUCUCAUCAUUGGACUAGAGGUCUUGUUGGAAAUGGGCGUCCGGGACGUUCAGAUUCGCGGCGAUUCUCAACUCGUUAUCAAUCAACUCCUGGAGAAAUAUCGCUGUACAAGUUGGCUGCUCAUUCCAUACUUGAAUCGCGCCAUUGAGCUUUUGGACCAGUUUACAGACGUCGACAUGGAACACAUACCACGUGAACGUAACUUUGCUGCUAAUGAGCUAGCUCAAUUGGCUACAGGCAUUACCUUGAAGUAUGGAGUGCGCGAGCGCAUUCUGAAAGUUGAGCGUCGCACACUACCUUCGUGGCUUGCUCGACCUGAUCCUCCAGAUGACCCCAUGGUCGCGGUACUGGAGCCCAUUGAUGUUGAUUGGCGGAUCCCUCUGAUUGAAUACCUCAAACGACCAGACUCCAGCGCUGAUAGGAAAAUUCGUUUCCUCGCAUUGAAUUACUUCCUUAGGGGUGACGAACUGCGCAGGCGUGGAGAAGAUGGUGUAGACUUUCGAUGUGUCUACGGUCGCGAAGCUAAGAGACUGAUGCGCGAGGUGCACAUGGGAAUAUGUGGAUCUCAUCAAGCUGGACCUAAGAUGCGGUGGCUCAUCCGACGUCAUGGUUAUUACUGGCCCAGCAUUUUGAAGGAUUGUAUUGCAUUCGCCAAAGGCUGUGCGGACUGUCAAGCACACGGUCCUGUCCAGCAUGUUCCUAACAUCCCUAUGCAACCCAUUAUUAAACCCUGGCCUGCGCGAGGCUGGGCACUGGACUUAAUUGGGAUGAUCCAUCCUCAUUCUUCCAUACAGCACAAGUUUAUCAUCGUCGCCACUGAUUACUUCACAAAGUGGGUUGAAGCAGAGCCUUUGAAGGAGGCCUCCGGUGCUACCAUUUGCCAGUUUAUCUUCCGUAAUAUUCUUUGCAGGUUUGGUAUCCCUGAAGUGUUGGUGUUGGACCGGGGGGCAGCGUUCAUGGGAGGCCCCGUUGAGGAGCUAGUGAAUGAUUUCGGUAUUCAAUUCAUACAUAGCACCCCGUACUAUCCUCAAUCUAAUGGUCAGGCGGAAGCGAGCAACAAGACCAUCAUCACCUUACUGAAGAAGAUGUUGGUGGAGAAUCCUCGACAGUGGCAUGACACUUUGUACGAAACACUUUGGGCUUAUCGUACUUCUAAACGUAACCCCACCGCCACGACGCCAUACGCGCUUAUGUUUGGACAUGACGCUGUCUUACCAUUAGAGAUUAAAGUCCAUUCCCUACGAGUCCAAGAACAGCAUCAUUUGAUUGGCGAGGAUUAUGUUCAAAUUUUUGAGUAA